AUGUAUCAACGGGAGUUCCAAGAAGAACAAGAGGCAGCUGCGGCAACACAAGACAAUAUUAAUGAACCAAAUUCAGAAACCCAUAGCCAAAAUAUUGCUGUUGUGACCACUGCACAAACUACAAUGCACAACACUGCUACCACACCACUAGCAACAAGCAAAAUAUCAGAAAUGAAUGCAUCAGAAAAGGACCCUUCACAAAACGUCAUCAAUUAUAGGCAGUGCACCUUGGGAAACCAACUCAGUUUCCAAGGUGGCACCUCCUCCCCCUAUGCUGCAUCCAUAUCCACCACGUGUGCUGACCUGACGCCAGCCGUGUACCGGUGUUUUAUGACGAACGAGGCUAAGGCAGCCUGA